AUGUCCUCGUGUGGCUCCCAGGAAACACCAAAAACCACCAUUUCUGUUCCACCACCGGUGUCUACAGGCACCACACCUUCGACAACCAGACCGCCAAGCAGCACGCCAAAAACCACGCCAACCACCUCUCCCUCCACCACAUCCAGAACCACUGCAUCAACUCAGACGGCAACCACCAACACGCCAAAGACCACUGCAACAGCCUCCACACCAUCCACCUCUACGCAUCACCCCAAAAUCCUAACCACAACCCCCUCCACCACGACAGAAUCCACUGCGACUAGCACACCAACCCCGACAACCACAACAGCACCCGUGCCCCCCUCCACACCGUCUCCUCCGACGCCGUCCACCACAACCACCACCACCUCGCCCACAACCGUUACCUCCACUUCCACCAGCACUCCAGUACCCACUGCCACAACUCUCACGACUGCUCCCCCUACCAGCACAGAAACGCCCAGCACUCCGGCCACCACAACUCCUGCAACCACCACCGUCCCAGUUACCACGGAAACACCAAAAACCACCACUUCUGUUCCACCACCGGUGCCUACAGGCACCACAUCUUCGACAACCAGACCGCCAAGCAGCACGCCAAAAACCACGCCAACCACCUCUCCCUCCACCACAUCCAGAACCACUGCAUCAACUCAGACGGCAACCACCAACACGCCAAAGACCACUGCAACAGCCUCCACACCAUCCACCUCUACGCAUCACCCCAAAAUCCUAACCACCACAACCCCCUCCACCACGACAGAAUCCACUGCGACUAGCACACCAACCCCGACAACCACAACAGCACCCGUGCCCCCCUCCACACCGUCUCCUCCGACGCCGUCCACCACAACCACCACCACCUCGCCCACAACCGUUACCUCCACUUCCACCAGCACUCCAGUACCCACUGCCACAACUCUCACGACUGCUCCCCCUACCAGCACAGAAACGCCCAGCACUCCGGCCACCACAACUCCUGCAACCACCACCGUCCCAGUUACCACGGAAACACCAAAAACCACCACUUCUGUUCCACCACCGGUGCCUACAGUCACCACACCUUCGACAACCAGACUGCCAAGCAGCAAGCCAAAAACCAUGGCAACCGCUUCUCCCUCCACCACAUCCAGAACCACUGCAUCAACACAAACCUCCGCAACUAACACGCCAAAAACCUCUCCAACUAGUUUGAUUUCUACGGCGUCCAGCAUGACAACACAUUCUCCCAUACAAACAUCCUCUACUUCAAUUCCAUUUACGUCUACUCUUUCUACUACUCCCAUUAUUCCGGUCACAAGCAGUUCUCCAUUGUCAUCCAGUACUAAUAUCAUUAGUAUUCCAGUAACUACCCGAACUAGUACUUUGAGUAGUAGUACUCAGUCUUUGAAGACAACCUCCACGUCAUAUACCUCAACUGUAUCUCCUGGGAAAUGUGAAUCUGUUGAAUAUGAAGAUCAAGUGGUUUACAAGGGUUGUGUUGCAAAUGUCACUUUGACUCGCUGCGAAGGAAUGUGUCCAACAUCUUCGAGGCUAAAUGUUGCCAAGAUGAUGGUACACACAGAGUGUGGGUGCUGCAUGCCACUCACACUCUACAAGAAGGAGCUGACGAUGCCUUGUCCAGACCCAGAGAACCCACAUAUGCCACUUGUUACAGAAAUCAUCCUAUUUGGUGGCUGCGUAUGCAACUACAAUGGAUGUACACAUGAGGCAGACUCGGCUUCCUCAACCGUACAGGGAUUGUUUAGAAAAUAAUGAUUGGUUAUUACUUACUUUGCAAAAAGACAUUUGACAUCCAAAAUCCCUUCGUUCAUAUGGAUUUAUCCAAGCUUUGGGAAGGCAGGCAGAGUAUACUUCCAAGAAGACUGGUACUGAUAACAUCCUUGGCUAAUUUAUACAUCAUUUUGGAUGGAAUAAAUAUCUGCCUUGCUCAGAAAGUUUCCACCAAGCAACGUCUACCGGACUAUGUAUUGUAAAAUAGUUAAAUAGGUUUAAUAAAGAGUUUAGUUGGUCAUUCUCA